AUGUCAGUUUCAGAGUGCAACUCCUUCCCUCUGGGGAACUCUGCAUCCAGGGAGGGAGGGGAAUCUGUUCACUUGUAGCAACUGGAGUGAAUCCAGGGAGGGUGCAGACUCUGCAAACUAAAGAGUAUAUGAAGAUCUGAAGACAGAAGUUUCAAAAUCAACAGGUGAAAGCCUUAUGCCCAAAACAUUGACUCUCUGGCUCCUUGGAUGCUCCCUGACCUCCUGCGCUUUAUCAGCACUGCACUUUUCAACACUGACUCUCCAGUGACUGCAGUCCUCACUUUGACGUCAAUGUCUGACAGUCACUCAGUCCAUUGGGAAAGCAACGGUUUUCAACUCUGAUUCUGUGAGAAGGAGCAAAGCAUUUUGGUUCCUGUUUGAGUAGGUUUGUAGCAUCAGUGGGACUGGAUGAGAGACCCUACCAUUGCAGUGCGCUCAGUGAGGAGCGUGUAAUAGCUGUACGGCCUGGGAAGAAAAAUUCACAUUGGGGAGGGUCUCCACACCUGUGCAGCUAAAGCUUCGGCCAUGGAAAAGCCCAAGAAAUCCUGCCCUGUGGAGAAACGAUGGAAGUGUGGCGACUGUGGGAAAGGCUUCCGUACUCCGUCUGCCCUGGAGGUUCAUCGGCACAUCCACACAGGGGAGAAGCCGUUCUCCUGCCCUGAAUGCGGUAAGGGCUUUACCCAGGACUCUACCAUGCUGACCCACUGGCGUAUCCACACAGGGGAGCGGCCCUUCAACUGCCCCGAGUGUGGGAAAGCCUUCAGGAAUUCUUCGAACCUGCUCAGGCACCAGCGGCUCCACACUGGGGAAAGGCCCUUCAGCUGCCCCGAGUGCGGGAAGGCCUUUGUCCGGGCCUCCCACCUCCUGACCCACCAGCGGGUCCACACAGGGCAGAGGCCCUUCAGCUGUCCUGAGUGUGGGAAGAGAUUUACCCAGGCCUCCAACUUGCGGACCCACCAGCGAGUCCACACAGAGGAAAGGCCCUUCAGCUGCCCCGAGUGCUGGAAAGGCUUCACCUGCUCCUCCCGCCUGCGGAGGCACCAGCGAACUCAUCGGCGUAGUCACACCGGGGAGAGGCCAUUCCCCUGCACCGACUGCGGGAAGGCCUUCAGCACAUCUUCCCAUCUGCAGACCCACCAGCGGGUCCACACAGGGGAAAGGCCCUUCACCUGCUCUCAGUGCGGGAAGGGCUUCAGUACUUCCUCCAACCUGCUGACCCACCAGCAUGUCCACACUGGGGAGAGGCCGUUCACCUGCUCUCAGUGCGGGAAGGGCUUCACCUGCUCCUCCACCCUGCAGAGCCACCAACGGGUCCACACGGGGGAGAGGCCCUUCAGCUGCCCCGACUGCACGAAGGCCUUCAGCACUUCCUCCAACCUGCUGGCCCACCAGUGGGUCCACACCGGGGAAAGGCCAUUCACCUGCUCUCAGUGCGGGAAGGGCUUCACCUGCUCCUCCCGCCUGCGAAGCCACCAGCAUGUGCACACAAGGGAGAGGCCCUUCAGCUGCACCGAGUGUGGGAAGGGCUUCACUUGCUCCUCCACCCUGCGAAACCACCAGCGUGUCCACACCGGGGAGAGGCCGUUCACCUGCUCUCAGUGCGGGAAGGGCUUCACCUACUCCUCCACCCUGCGGAACCACCAACGUGUCCACAUGGGGGAGAGGCCCUUCAGCUGCCCAGAGUGUGGGAAGGGCUUCUCCUGCUCCUCCACCCUCCAGACCCACCAGCGUGUCCACAUUGGGGAGAGGCCCUUCAGCUGCUCUCAGUGCGGGAAGGCCUUUACCCACGUCUUCUCCCUGAUGAGGCACCAGAGGAUCCACACGGGGGAGAGGCCUUUCAGCUGCCCAGAGUGCGGGAAGGCCUUUACCCAGGCCUCCACCCUGCUGACCCACCAGCGUGUCCACACGGGUGAGAGGCCCUUCAGCUGCCCAGAGUGCGGGAAGGCUUUUACCCAGGCCUCCAAUCUGCUGACCCACCAGCGGGUCCACACCGGGGAGAGGCCGUUCACCUGCUCUCAGUGCGGGAAGGGCUUCAGGUAUUCCUCCCACCUGCUGAUCCACCGGCGUGUCCACACAGGGGAGAGGCCCUUCAGCUGCCCCGAGUGCGGGAAGGGCUUUAGCACAUCCACCAUCCUGCUAAGGCACCAGCGGAUCCACACCGGGGAGAGGCCAUUCAUCUGCUCUCAGUGGGGGAAGGGCUUCACCUACUCCUGCAACCUGCGGAAGCACCUGCGAGUUCACGUGCCGUCGCAGGGGGAUUGAAGGAGUGACGGCCGAGUCCCAUUAUCGAUUGGACUAUCAACCCGGUUCCAGGGACUCCCGGGUUUGAAUCCCGCCACGACAGAUGGCAGAAUUGGUAUUCGGUCAGAAAUGUGGAGUUCGGAAUCUAACAAUGAGACCAAUUUUUUUAAUCCUUGUGCCUUUUAUUCUUGCUUUUACCUGUGCAACUGUUUAUAGUAACGUGUAAACACUAGUGAAGGAGAUUAUGCACCAGCAUUUUAUGUUCCUCAGUCAUUGAAGGGGCAGGACUUGUUGAGAAUAAUUAGUAAAGCAGGUUGUGCACUAAGCCUUGUUAACAUCGAUAUAGUUUGUUCGUUGGAAAAGUAGACUUUUUAUUAUUUAGAGUCAUAGAGAUGUGCAGCACAGAAACAGACCCAUUGAGUCCAACCUGUCCACGCCAACCAGAUAUCCUACAUUAAUCUAGUCCCCUUUGGCAGCACUAUAUCCCUCUAAACCAUUCCUAUUCAUAUACCC